AAGCCUUGAGAUGGAAUGUGUGGGUGGGUCGUGGGCAUUUCCUCAGCUGGGUGGGCGCCUCCAGUCUUGUGGGCUAGAUCAAUAGGUCCACUUCGAGUAUACGAUCCUGGGCUGGCGGUGAUUCGCGCAAAAAGAAGUGAGAGGAGAGAAAAAAGAUUUUCCCAAUUUACCCCCUCCAGUUAUCCAUCCGACACCGCCGCAGCGGCAGACGGAGUGAAGCCGUCCCUCCCUGCCCCCUUCCGUGCCUGUACACGCUCCGCUUCCCAUGGCGCUCGCCACCUUCAGGUCCAGAGGAGCCCCGCCGCCACCUCCUCCAGGAGCCCCUUCCUGCCCUCCUCCUCUCCGGUACCGCCGGUGAGGGUCCCGAGGAGGCCGCCCGCCACCUUCAGGUGCAACUACUACUACGGCGACGGCGGCGGGUUCCGCAAGAACUACGACCACAUCCCCAAGCAGUUCCGCGAGGAGAAUCUCAAGGAUGGUCGUGAGUGCUCUCUCGCUUCCAGCCAGCUCUCCCCACCGCCCGUGAUGUCUAUUCCUACAUGGAUAUAUUGUGCCAUAUACUUUCCCUUCUGCCACUAUCAGAUGCUGCCCGUGCUGCCUGUGUCUCAUAGAUGUCUACGCUCUUGGAGAUGCUUCCCUAAUCUCACAUUUAAUCGGAAAACUUUUGGCUUGAAAUUGAAUGAGGGUACAUCAUAUGCAAGGGCGAAGAAACUACUUGACAGAAUUGACCACAUUAUUCAAAACCACUAAAGCAUUGGGGUGAAGAGACUUAAGCUUGACGUUCGCUGUUGCGCCGAAGUCAUCACGGCUGACCAUCUUGACAUUUGGCUCCAAGCUACCAUUAGAUCUGGAAUUUUAGAUAUUUCUGUGGAGCUUCCUCAACAUCUCAUGCUAGACUACAACCCCGCAUGUUCACUUUUAUCUUGUGCUGCAAGCUCACUUCAGUCUAUCUCCCUCUUCUCUUGUGCUUUUCACCGGACAUUAAGAAGUGGUUGUUUGAAAAGCUUGAAAAGCGUGUGUCUGAACCUUGUCCACACUACUGGGGAGGAAAUACGAUGCCUUUUCUCCAGUGCAAUUUCAUUGGAAUAUAUUGACCUUACCAAUUGCAAUGAGACCACUUUCUUGAGCAUACCUUCUCAUCUGCAGGAGCUUAGUAUUCUGAAGGUGUAUAUGUGCACAAGGCUACAAACUAUAGAAAUUUAUGCUCUAAAUCUUACCACUUUCUUGUUCAGUGGCCCACCCAUGGAAAUAUUAAUCAGCAACUCAUCGCGAUUGAGGCCUGGUUUGGUUUCUUUGCUUAUUUUUAGCACCUGUGUUUAGAUACUAAUUAAGAGUAUUAAUCGUAGACUAUUUACAAAACCCAUUACAUAAGUGGAGGCUAAACAGCGA